CUAGCAACAACAAAAAAAAAGACAAUCAGAUUCAAAAUUAGUAAUAAAAAUUGAACGAGCGUUUUCGUUAUAUGAUAUCUUUGAUACUCUUGAUAUUUGUUAAAUUUAAUACAUUAUUUUCCUUUGAAAUCGGAUAAGUAUGUAGUAUCUUGCAGUAUUGAUUUCAUCCAAAAUUAAAUGCAUCGGCAAGGUUUUAACACUGCGCGUGAGAAUAUUUGAUUGGUCGCGUCGUUACAGAAAACUGACUCGCAGCAUCUCCCGCGCUCAUUUGACGUAUAGGCGACAAAACGCAAGUGUCUUCGCGAUUAGCUUUUAGCUUCACCACCGUCAAAGAUGUGGCUGUCAAGCUUUAGCAUGGACACCAGUCUUUAUCAGGUCAAAAGUACAAGCGCCGUUAGGGGAAAUUCUACAAGCCAGUAAAUACAGAAUCAAGAAUACUUGAUGUUGAAUUUUCUGUAAGAUAAAGUUCAAUUAUACACAAAUCAUAAUUAUUUAUUCUAAUAUCGAAGGAAUGCGAAAGUAAAAUCAUGUUUUGGUAAUAGCGGCAUUCAGAAUGUUUGGAUAAAAUACCUUUCGAAAACAAACUGAAGAAAGGCGAAUGACUUAUUGUGGAUAAUUUGAGCAUAGACUUCGUGGAGUGAAAAAACCCAACAACGUACACUGGACUUCGCUUUAUUGAAGCUAGCUGUCGCAUGCUGCAAUGACCCCCAGAACCCCUCGUGAAGGUCUCUUGUUGGUCCUUUGUACUAUCUUCGGCUUUUCUGUGAAAGAGACGGUGCAGGGACCGAAUGAGCGCCAUCUUCUUCAUUUCCUGUUUGUAGAGAAUCACUACGAUCCCUUAGAGAGGCCAGUCGCCAAUGAAUCUAAACCAAUCAUCGUAAAAUUCGGAAUCACCCUCCAGCAAAUCAUAGAUAUUGAUGAAAAGAACCAGAUUCUGUAUUCCAACAUUUGGUUACAGAUGAAAUGGCAAGACGUUAACCUGGUCUGGGAGCCCCGUGAAUUUGGCGGGAUAGAGGAACUCAGAAUCCCCGCCAAAAAAGUCUGGAAACCGGAUGUUCUACUUUAUAAUAGCGCAGACGAUGAUUUUGACGGAACCUUCCAUUCCAAUAUCAUAGUCAACUACAAAGGAGAGGUGAAGUGGAUACCCCCCGGGAUGUUUAAAAGCACCUGCCAGAUUGAUAUCGCCUGGUUCCCAUUCGAUGAACAGAAGUGUGACCUGAAGUUUGGUUCAUGGACAUACGACGGCCGAUUUUUGGAUCUUAUAUUUGACGGAACGUCUAAUGGUGAUGCAUCUGAUUUCAUCAGGAAUGGAGAAUGGGAGUUAUUAGGUGUACCCGGAAUCCGGAACCAGAAAUCAUACGAGUGCUGUCCUGAAAUUUAUAUCGACAUUACCUACACAAUACAUGUCCAGCGCCGAACGCUGUACUAUGGCUUCAACAUAAUCAUACCCUGUGUACUUAUAUCAUCCAUGUCCCUGCUUCUAUUCAUGCUGCCGCCCGACUCAGGCGAAAAAAUUUCACUAGGAGUGACGAUUUUAUUAUCUCUUAUGGUGUUCCUGUUACUGGUAGCAGAGACGAUGCCGCCCACCUCGGACGCUGUACCCCUGAUUGGUAUAUACUUCUGUUGCAUCAUGAUAAUGUGUUCGAUGUCCAUGCUGUUUACAGUUAUCGUUCUUAACUUUCACUACAGAGGGCCAGAGACUCAUCAGAUUCCUUCCUGGGUAAAUCAGUGGAUAAAUGGACGGCUGGCGUGGCUUAUGCUAAUGAAACGUCCAGGACCCAAACAGUACAAGCAUACUAAAGACCCGAUAGAAAGAACACGUCUUCAUGACAUCGUGGUACAAGAACGACAAUCUAGGUGUCUUCUGCCAGGGCUGGAAUUUGAGGAAGACAUUCGAAUGGAAAACGGGGCAGUUCCAAAGCCAGGAGAUUCCCCAUUCCUUAGUACUAAAUCAGACCUUUUGUCGAUUUUAAAAGAACUAAGAAAGUUAACCACGCGGUGCAAGCGAGAGGAAGAAGAUGUCGUGGUUCGCGCGGAGUGGCGGUUCGCUGCCAUGGUGAUAGACCGUCUGUGUCUCUGGAUCUGUGUGACCUUUACUGUUAUAUCCACCCUGGCUGUUCUCUUUUCCGCCCCAAAUUUUGUGACAGGAUGAAAUGUCAUGAUUGUACAUAAACUAGAAUAUUUCUUCUCAAUUUUUAUCUUGGUGCACUUAUAUUUUGCACUUUUUAUAAUUUUGAUGUGAAAAAUGUUCUGAAUAAACAUGAAUGAAACACACAUUUAAA